CUGAACGUCGCUGGGGCGGAGUAGUCUCACGACAAAAGCCGUUGGAAAUUGUUCGCUGAAGUGCCAUUGCUAACUUCUGCCGACAAUCCUUUUAACGUCUCUCUUUUGUACAUCAAAAAAAUUUAAAAAACUUCAAAAUGCGUGAAUGUAUCUCAAUCCACGUUGGACAGGCUGGAGUCCAAAUUGGUAAUGCUUGCUGGGAGCUGUACUGCCUGGAACAUGGUAUCCAGCCCGAUGGACAAAUGCCAUCUGACAAGACCAUCGGAGGUGGUGACGACAGCUUUAACACUUUUUUCAGUGAAACUGGAGCUGGCAAGCACGUACCGCGUGCUGUCUUCAUUGAUUUGGAGCCAACUGUGGUCGAUGAAGUACGUACUGGAACCUAUCGCCAGCUGUUCCACCCAGAGCAACUGAUCACUGGCAAGGAGGACGCAGCGAAUAAUUACGCCCGUGGCCACUACACAAUUGGCAAGGAAAUAGUUGACUUGGUGUUGGACAGGAUUCGCAAACUGGCAGACCAAUGCACAGGACUCCAGGGAUUCCUGAUCUUCCACUCAUUCGGUGGUGGGACUGGCUCAGGCUUUACAUCCCUCCUGAUGGAGCGUCUCUCCGUGGACUACGGUAAAAAAUCAAAAUUAGAGUUUGCAAUCUAUCCGGCCCCUCAGGUAUCGACAGCAGUGGUCGAGCCGUACAACUCAAUACUGACAACUCACACAACCCUGGAGCACUCGGACUGUGCCUUCAUGGUGGACAAUGAGGCGAUUUACGACAUCUGCCGAAGAAAUCUCGAUAUCGAGCGUCCCACCUACACGAAUCUUAACAGACUGAUUGGACAGAUUGUCUCAUCAAUCACUGCAUCACUUCGUUUCGAUGGAGCCCUCAACGUGGAUCUCACUGAAUUCCAGACAAAUUUGGUGCCCUAUCCAAGAAUCCAUUUCCCUCUGGUGACUUAUGCCCCAGUGAUAUCAGCUGAGAAGGCAUAUCACGAGCAAUUGUCAGUGGCAGAGAUUACCAAUGCCUGCUUUGAGCCAGCUAAUCAGAUGGUCAAGUGUGAUCCUCGUCAUGGCAAGUACAUGGCAUGUUGCAUGCUCUACAGGGGUGACGUUGUUCCCAAGGACGUGAAUGCUGCAAUCGCCACGAUUAAGACCAAACGAACCAUUCAAUUUGUUGAUUGGUGUCCCACUGGCUUCAAGGUUGGCAUCAACUAUCAGCCACCCACUGUUGUCCCUGGGGGUGAUCUCGCCAAGGUCCAGCGUGCUGUAUGCAUGCUCUCCAAUACCACAGCUAUUGCUGAAGCUUGGGCUCGUCUUGAUCAUAAGUUCGAUCUCAUGUACGCCAAGCGUGCUUUUGUUCACUGGUAUGUGGGUGAGGGCAUGGAGGAGGGAGAGUUCUCUGAGGCUCGUGAGGAUCUCGCUGCCCUCGAGAAGGACUACGAGGAGGUCGGCAUGGACUCCGCUGAGGGAGAGGGCGAGGGCGCCGAGGAGUACUAAGGCAUCUCCACUAUUCUUCAACUACAUCGAGAUUUAUUCGUUUUGGUUCAGCACUUUGUAUUUAUUUCAACAUUCCUGUCAUUCGGAAAUUUCAAGG